UUUUUUUGUUGUAGCGGAUUGACUGUUCGGUGUGACUUCACAUUUGCCUUUUUGCAGGCAGCGUAAGAUUCUUGAUCCUCCAUAAAUCGCUCGUUUUAAACUUUGAAUCUUUGUGUAACUGGUGGAAGUGGCGCUCAUUGCUUUGGUGAUAUUGGGAAUUGUAGUUUUGGCUGAGGGCACUCUAAACCUCAGCCUGCUCGCAUUAACCACAACCCCCCCGUGACAAAACAACAGACGACUGCCUAGCCCUGACGCUAUGGAUCGCCCCCCCAGCACUAGUCAACUGAUGGCCGGCAACGUGACAAAUAAGACAGACCCACGGUCUCUGAACUCAAGGGUCUUCAUUGGGAACCUGAACACAAUGCUGGUCACCAAGGCGGACGUGGAAGCCAUUUUCAGCAAAUACGGCAAGAUCGUCGGCUGCUCCGUGCACAAGGGUUUCGCCUUUGUCCAGUUUGCCAACGAGAGAAACGCACGGGCUGCUGUGGCCGGAGAGGACGGACGGAUGAUAGUGGGACAGGUGCUCGAUAUUAACUUAGCCGGGGAGCCGAAACCUCACAGGUCAAAAACAACAAAACGAUCAGCCGGAGAUAUGUAUAGCGGUUCUACUUUCGAGCUUGAUUAUGACUUCCAGAGAGAUUACUAUGACAGGAUGUAUUCAUACCCAUCCCGUGUGCCACCACCACCCCCUCCUCCUCUCUCCCGUGCCGUGAUCCCGUCCAAGCGUCCGCGGGUCAGCAUGAGUGGAGGAGCCAGUCGCCGGAAGUCCAGCCUCUCCUCUUCAUCCAAGAGCAGUCAGCGGUCGUCCUCUAGGACCCUGAAAGCAGAUGACCUCCAAACUAUAAAGCGAGAGCUUGCUCAAAUUAAACACAAGGUUGACUACCUUCUAGAGAGUCUGGACAGGAUGGAAAAAGACCACAACAAGAAGUCAGAAGGUAAAACUGUGAAGGCGGAAGCGAGUGAGGCUUCUUCCCUGCAGCAUUCCAACAAGAAGGACAGAGAGAGGGAAGAGCAGGAGAUAAACGAUUCGGAAGAGGAGAGAGAUCUGUUGGAAGAGGAGGAAGAGGUUAAAAGUCAGGAAGGAGAGAAUGAAGAAGAGGAAGGAGAGCAUGAGGAGGAAGAAGAGGGUGAACACGAGGAAGGGGAGGAUGAUGGCGACAGCGUCAAUGGCGAUGACUCGUAGACUGUUUUAAUCCACAGUGGACACCAAACACACUCACAAAGUCCAGCUCUUUCAGUUCUGUAGAUGAGUUAAAGCCGGCCUUUAAAAGAUUUGUACAUUUGAAAUGUAGAUGCGCUUGUGAUGUAUCUUACACUACAUUUACGCCAGUUUAUUUUAAACGCUAGCAUGACAUCUUUUCAAGCUUUUGAAGUGUCCCUCAACUAUUAUGAAGAAAAACAUCAGACAGCAAUACAUUUUCUGGUUACUCAUUCAGAUUGUUUUGUUACCGUGGUUGUGGCCCACACGCAAGUAUCGUCUCUACUAGCAGGUGGCAGAUAAUGUACACGAUUCAUUCCCGGAUUGAAACUGGUCUGUUCCCUGUUUGUUUGCCCUGAUUUAUAGGAUUUUUGUUUUCUGUGAACUAAAAUGUGUAUUUUAAGAAAGGAAACUUAAGUGGCUUCUCCGUUACAGAGAGCAUCUUGGAAAUGUCUAUGUUUGUAAUUACGUCUUUUUAUAUGACCCUGUUUCAGAUUAAUUCUACAGGAAAAUUUCAAUAAAAUAUUAAAAUAAA